AUGGCAACCAUCCUGACUCAGGCACCUGAUGAUGUCUGCCGGCUGUUUGGGAGGCCACCAGGGCGGGAUGCGGCAGCGGGCUUGACGGGCUUCGCCAGCGUGCUGGGUCAUGCUGUGCUGAGCCCGCUUGUAUCGCUGGCAGCCGCGGCACGAUUGCACCUAUGCCAGUUCAACCCGCUGGGACGGCAGGAGCGGCGCAAGGGCCAGCAGCAGCGGCAGGACAGGCAGCAGCAUGCGGUGCCGGCCUCCGAGAACGGCCCGGUGCCGGCGGCUCCCCUGUGCAGCACCACCACCGCACUGGGCCAGGUCAUGGCGGCCCAGGCCAACUUUGUGCGAGUCAAGGUGGAUGGCCUGGAGGGCGGCCUGGCCGGCGAGGCGCCCCCCCGCCCCCGCCUGCUGUGCGUGGUGCGGGCGCUGCUCAAGAAGAUGCGGCGGGAGGUGCUGGUGGGGGACCGAGUGAGGGUGGUGGGCAUCGACUGGGCAGACGGGCGAGGCAUGGUUGAGGAGGUGCUGCCCCGCACCAGCCAGCUGUCGGAGCCAGCCGUGGCCAACGUGGACCACGUGCUGCUGGUCUUCUCGGCGGCCCUCCCCGCCUUCCAGCCCUCCCCGGCCACCCGCUACCUGCUCAGCGCGGAGGCCGCCUGGCUGCCCGUCACCGUGGCGGUCAACAAGGCCGACCUGCUGCCGGCAGAGGAGGUGCAGGCGGUGGUGGACCAGGUGGCCAGCUGGGGCUACCGCGGCGUGGCGGUCAGCGUGGUGAGCGGGCAGGGGCUGCAGGAGCUGAUGCAGGUGCUGCGCGGGCGGGUGACGGUGGUGGCGGGGCCCUCGGGGGCGGGCAAGUCGUCCAUCAUCAACGCCCUGCGCCUGCGCUCCGCGGGGCUGGACAGCUCGCUGGAUGCAAUGGCGGCGGAGCCGUCGGGGGCAGCCGCCGGCAGCGGCGGCGAGGAGGAGGAGGAGGAGGAGGAAGAGGAAGGGGAGCAGGAGGGAGAGGAUAGCGGCGAGGAGGAGCAGCGGCAGCAGGGGAGCCAGGCAGCGCCUGGCGCCUCGGGACAAGCCGAGCCGGGGCGGCGGCAGGACGUGGCGCAGCCGCCCGCUGGGAGCACCGAGCAGCCGCAGCCGCAGCGGCAGCCGCAGCAGCAGCGGCGGCGGCAUGUGGGCGUCAGCAGCGUGGCGCAGCCGCCCGCCGGCGUGGAGCUGCAGGCGGUGGGCCAGGUGUCUCAGCGCAUCGGCCGCGGCAAGCACACCACCCGCAACGUCACGCUGCUGGAGCUGGAGGGCGGUGGCGGCGUGGAUGGCAUGAAUGGCGGCAGCAGCAGCAGCAGUACUGGCAGCAGCGGCGGCAGCGGCAGCGGCGGCAGCGGUGUCAGCGGCGGCGGCGGCCUCGUGGUCGACACCCCCGGCUUCAACCAGCCAGACCUGGCCGACAUGCCCGCCACCGACCUCUGGCAGCACUUCCCCGAGAUCAGGCGGCUGCUGGAGGAGGACAGGUGCGCCUUCCGUGGCUGCCAGCACCUGCAGGAGCCGGGGUGCGUGGUGCGUGAGGCGGGGUGGGAGCGGUACCCUCUGUACCGCGAAAUCCACGCUGAGCUCAAGGUGCUGGAGGAGCAGUCGGCGCAGCGGCAGGCCAGCAAGAAGCGGCGCGAGGGCAGCGUGCGAAUGAAGAGCAGGGCGGGAGGGCAGCAGGGGGCGGAGGCGCGGCUGGAGACCAAGAGCCACCGCCGCGUGUCGCGCCGCUCAGUCCGCCAGCGGCUGUCUGAGCUGGCCAAGGAUGUGGAGGACGAUGCCAAUGUGUGA